UACCGCUGACUUGGGGAACCAGUUCAAAAGUUUAGUUGAAUCAGUGCUCAUUUUUGAACCAAAACAAUUCGGCCAAAGUUGAUAAAAGAAAUGUCGAAAUUCAGCAAACAAACGAAAAUAACUCACGAUUCAGAUAACGAAAAUCAAGGCGAAUCUGUAAUUACCAGCAACAACGAAUCCGAUAGUUCAAGCGACUUCGAAACAAGCAGGAAGCACAAAUUACGCCGCAAAUCUUCCAGAAAUGUUUCAUUUCAUUAUCAAGCGCUACCCAUAUGCGUUGUGGGUGAUAAUUCUGUGAAAAUACCCGACACUCCGAGUUCCACCAGAGACAUUACGCUAAGCUCCGCUCACGUAAUCGAAGAUAGUUCCGAUUCAGAGUUCCAUAUUUCGAAUGAUACCAGCAAUGAUGAACCGGCCAACAAGUCCAUAACAUUUGCAGCUCGGGCCCUCGAAAAAACAGAUUUGGAAUUCAUUAGAAAAGAGCGCAAGCGAAAGAAGCGACCACGUAAAAGCAUAUUCGAAGAUAAAUAAAUCA